GAGAACUCCAGAUGUUCAGGAUAACAUACCUGCUACUGUAACAAAGCCGCAAGUCAUCAAAGCGCCAGCUGGAAAAGAAUGCAACAUGUUGCGGCAAUUUCUGUGUAAGCCCCCUUGUGACAAUUCCAAAGGGAAUUUCAAGCUGUGUCCCAAAGAUUGGCAGCUUCAUGGAAACAAAUGCUAUUGGAUCUCAGGGGAGAAACAAACCUGGAAUGACAGUAGAGACGAUUGCAGAGCCAAAGAUUCUGAACUUGCAGUUUUGAAAGAAGAGGCAGAACUGCAUUUCAUCCAGCGUAUCACCAAUGGAGCACAACUGUGGUGGAUAGGACUCUCUGCAAACUUCAGCACCCGUGAAUGGAUGUGGGUGGACAAUUCCCUAUACACCGGUGAUAAGGAGGGGCUGCCAAACAUAACCGAGGUUGAAAGAAACAGCUGUGUGAUGUUGAAGGGAUCCAAAAUCAUCUCAGAAUCUUGCAGUGCUGUGACUAAGUGGAUCUGUGAGAUAGAAACUCUGAUGAUAUAAAUCAUUCAAGAGAAAAACUAGGAAGCUGUUCUGACCCCCCCUCCUUGCUCGUUCAGAAAC